GUGGGUCGGGGGCCUGGCCUCUGCCCGGCCGCAGAGCCGGAGCGGGAGGGAAAUAUCUCCCCGGGGGUCCGGGCCGGCGAGCGGGUCUGGGGGCGACCCCGGGUACCGCCCCUCCCCCGGACCAGGGGCCAGGAUGCUGAACGUCCCUUCCCAGGCUUUCCCGGCCCCCGGCUCCCAGCAGCGUGUCGCCUCCGGGGGGCGUAGCAAGGUACCUUUAAAACAGGGCAGAAGUCUUAUGGAUUGGAUCCGACUGACCAAAAGUGGAAAGGACCUAACAGGAUUAAAAGGCAGGUUAGUUGAAGUCACCGAAGAAGAACUCAGAAAACACAACAGGAAGGAUGAUUGCUGGAUAUGCAUCAGAGGGCUCGUGUAUAAUGUCAGCCCAUACAUGGAGUACCAUCCUGGAGGGGAAGAGGAACUAAUGAGAGCAGCAGGAUCAGAUGGCACUGACCUUUUUGAUCAGGUUCAUCGCUGGGUCAACUAUGAGUCCAUGCUGAAGGAGUGCCUGGUUGGAAGAAUGGCUGUGAAGCCUGCUGUUGCCAAAGACUGUCAUGAGGAAAAGAGAAUCUUAAAUGGCAUGCUUCCCAAGAGCCCUGUGUCAGAUCCAGUGCCCACAGAAGAUCCUAUUUCCCCAAGCUAUGACUGGUUCCAGACAGCCUCUUUAGUCACCAUUGUCAUAUACACUAAACAGAAGGAUAUCAGUUUAGAUUCAAUCAUAGUUGACUACCAAGAUGGUUCCCUCAGAGCAGAAACAAUUAUCAAGGAUUAUGCUUAUCUCUUACAUAUGGGGCUGUGCCAUGAAGUACAAGAAGAAUUUUCUGUGCGAGCUGUUGAGAAUGUGGGAAAAAUAGAGAUCACCCUGAAAAAAAGACAAAGCACUUCUUGGAAAUGUCUCGGUCAGCCCUUGGAGAAGCAUAAUUCAUUUACUCCAAAGAAAGACUCAGGUCUGCGCUAUAGAAAAUGCCAGUUAGUGUCCAAGGAAGAUGUUACUCAUGAUACGAAGCUUUUCUGUUUUAUGCUGCCAGCAAGUUCUCAUCUUCAGGUGCCAAUCGGGCAACAUGUUUACCUCAAGCUCACUGUCAAAGGUGCAGAAAUUGUAAAGCCAUAUACACCUGUAUCUGACUUCUUACUCUCAGAAUUUAAAGAACCAGUUCUUCCCAACAAAAAGUGGAUCUACUUUUUGAUCAAAAUCUAUCCUAAUGGGCUCUUCACACCAGAGCUUGAUCGUUUGCAGAUUGGAGAUUUUGUUUCUCUAAGCAGUCCUGAGGGCAGUUUUAAAAUCUCCAAACUCCAGGAAUUAGAAGAGCUCUUUUUAUUGGCAGCUGGAACAGGCUUCACACCAAUGGUUAAAGUACUGAACUACGCUUUGACCUAUGUACCCAGACUCAGGAAGGUGAAGUUGAUGUUCUUCAAUAAAACAGAGGAAGAUAUAAUUUGGAGAAGCCAACUGGAGAAAUUAGCAUUUAAAGAUAAAAGAUUUGAUGUUGAAUUUAUUCUCUCAGCACCUACUUCAGAAUGGAAUGGCAAACAGGGACACAUAUCACCAGCUCUUCUUUCUGAAUUUUUGAAAAGAGGUCAAGAAGAAUCUAGCGUCUUCCUUUGCAUCUGUGGACCAACACCUUUUACAGAACAGGGAAUAAGGAUGCUGCAUGAUCUUCACAUUUCCAGAGACGAGAUCCACGGCUUCACGGCAUAGUGGAGAGCUGUCGUUUUUAUUCCACCAGCUUAUCUGAAUCUGUAGUUGCUUGGGGUUUUUUAAGAGAACACUUUUGUAUGGACUAAAAGGUUAACUAGAACCCAGGCUUCAGUUUCUUAAAUGAAAUCAUAUGUUCCUGCAGUUUAGGUAAUUUCUUGGUUUUAUUUUGUACCUUAACUUAUUUUACUACUGAUAUUUGCCCUGGAAAACCAGUCAUGGCAGCAAGUCCCUCCAUGACUCUCUGUUACGAAUGACAGAUUUCCUCAUCAUUGAAACUGUAUCAGUGUUGUACACGAGCACUUGUAUUUUAUGAGAAGAUAACGUAAAUGAUCAUUUGGAUCACGUUUCUAUGCUGUAAAAUGUCUUCUUAUUAGCAAUACAGAUUAAAAUUACAUUGCACUGUUUGCUCAGGAAA